AUGGAUAAUAUAGCCAAAAGAUGUUUUGGUUGUGGUACAGCUUUCCAUGAACAUGUCCCUGACACCCCAGGCUUUAACCCAUUCGAAGCUGAGAAAAAGAAGGCCCAAAAAAAGGCAACUAUCACAUCGAUAAAAGUCGAGAAAAGCAGACAAGCAGAUGUGUUAUUCGAAUCGCUAGAUGAGGAUAAAAAAGAAUUUCUACUAUCCCAGGGUACUGUUGAAACUGGUAUGGGCAGUCCACAGAAUGCAGAUCCACAUGGCCCAUCUGUGGCGAUUUCGAAAGCCCAAGAUAAAGCUGAAAAGAGGUCCAAGAUGUCCAAGAUCUUUUGCAAAUGGUGUAGAGAUAGUGUCAAUGGUAAAGAGCUCCGACUUUCAGUGGCUGUCGAGAGUAAAAAGCAAUUACUCGACCAGAUACCCAAAGAAGCUACAAUUGUCCAUUUAUUUGAUGCCAUGGAUUUCCCAACCACUGUGGACUUUGAAUUGAUGAAUAUCGCAUCAAAGAGACCAGGCCGUAUUUUAUGGAUUAUGAAUAGAAGCGAUCUUAUAAUGCCAGACAAUGAGCGUACUCAAACGAGGCUACUGAAAUAUGUUCGAGAGGAACUGAAUAGAAUUGCUGGCGUCCCACCGAACAACGUUAUGGCCAUAUCAUCUAACUACAACUGGAAUGCUGAUGAAGUGUUCUCUCAGUUGUCAAAUGACAAUUAUUUGGUGGGUCAUGCCAAUACCGGCAAGUCAACUUUAGCAUUAUAUUUAUCCUACAAAUUUCGACAGCAAGGAAACUCGCGGAAGUUUUGGGGGCUCGGCAGUUGGUCAAAUCCGUUUAUCACCCAACAGUCUAUUACAUACCUACUGGAAGGCAACAAGUAUUUGACUGAUCUACCGUCAUAUCCUGAACACGCAACGAACAAUAUACCUGGGGGGCCAAUGAGGAAAACUAGAGCGGGUAAUAUCAUUGAAAGUCAGCCGACAGCUACUAAUACAGAAACUGGAGUUUAUGAUUACUUAAAGCCUAAUCUAGUGAGAAAACUUACUAAUGGACACCGAUUGUUACGUACACCUGGGAUGUAUAACUGUCCUCAGGUGGUUGUAUCUACGUUGCCCACUCAAUUGAUUAGUAUUGGUGGGUUAGUGGCCGUCAAGCGGGAUUCGCCGAUUCACUUGAUUUGUUGGUCAAUAUUCCCUGACAGUAAUUACAAAACAAGAGUAGUCUCUUCUUUGGAAAAGAUAACUGAAAUCAAUCAAUCAACACAAAAAACACACGAAAGAUGGUCGAUGGUGAACAAACAUCACUCCAACUCACCUUUGAACAAGAAAAUGGAAAUAAAGUUCGGCGGAGAAGGUGUAAGCUUAGCUAUUAGAGGAGUGGGAUUAUGUCAUUUCCAUGUUUAUGGCCGGAUUCCCGAGGAUGGUGUUACUAUGGAAGUCUAUUCUAUGGAUAAUAUUAAGAUCAUGCGUCGAGACGAUAUCCUACCAUUUAUCAGAAAUCCUAGAAAUAGACUUAAAGAACUCAAGGAUUCUCGAAGGGAGGCUGCCAGAGACAAAUCUGCCCGUGCAAAGAAGAAGUCUGUAGCUAAGAAAAGACAAAUAGCUACAGAAAGGAUGCAAGUGGUUGACGCCUAUGCCGACAUGUAA